AUGCCAGUCAUCAGGAUGCUGCGACAGGUGGUGGGUCAGACAGUGCAGAGCACACGCUGUGGCUGCUGGCCUCUGACUGGGUCUGUCCGGUUCCUGGCCAUUUCCCCUCGGCAGAUCCCAGUUGAUGCCAACUUCCACUCGGUGUCUUUCUCUCAAACGGACCACCCACGAGUCUUAAUUACAGGAGGUCUUGGCCAGCUAGGAGUGGGGCUUGCUAAACUUUUGAGGAAACGAUUUGGGAAGGACAACGUGAUUCUGUCUGACAUAAGGAAACCCCCUGAUCAUGUCUUCCAUAGCGGCCCAUGUAUUUACUCCGAUAUUUUGGAUUACAAGAACCUUCGCGAGAUUGUGGUCAACAACCGCAUCACUUGGCUCUUCCAUUAUAGCGCCUUGCUCAGCGCUGUAGGGGAAGCAAACGUGUCCUUGGCAAAAGACGUGAAUAUCACUGGAUUGCACAACAUUCUGGAUGUUGCGGCAGAACACAAGCUGCGACUGUUCAUCCCUAGCACGAUCGGGGCUUUCGGCCCCACCUCUCCCCGGAACCCAACCCCUGACCUCUGUAUUCAGAGACCCAGGACCAUCUAUGGGGUGUCCAAGGUCCACGCUGAGCUCAUGGGAGAGUACUAUUAUUACCGGUACGGGUUAGAUUUCCGGUGCCUGAGGUAUCCUGGCAUCAUUUCGGCAGAUUCCCAACCUGGAGGGGGCACAACUGACUAUGCUGUGCAGAUUUUCCAUGAUGCCACCAAGAACGGCAAGUUCGAGUGCAACCUGAAAGCCAGCACACGGCUGCCCAUGAUGUAUAUUGAUGACUGCCUGCGGGCCACGCUGGAGGUCAUGGAGGCGCCCGCAGAGUCGCUUUCCAUGAGGACCUACAACGUCAAUGCCAUGAGCUUCACCCCAGAGGAGCUGGCCCAGGAGCUCCUCAAGCAUGUGCCAGAAUUCCAGAUCACCUACAACGUGGAUCCAGUUCGCCAGGCCAUAGCGGAUAGUUGGCCAAUGAACUUCGACGAUAGCAAUGCGCGGAAGGACUGGGGCUGGAAGCACGAUUUCGACCUCCCGGAGCUGGUGACUACAAUGUUAAACUUCCAUGGUGCUGACAGCAGACUUGCCCACGCCAACUGAUGGGAAACCAGUGGGAGGAGCUGCUGGGCAUCCCGGAUCCCAAGGAACCCGUGUUAUCUGCACUUGAAGGACUAAUUGCACUCAGUCUGGCAGCUCAUAUUGAACUGCCACAUGGAGUUAGCUUGAAACAUUUUCGAAGUGUUACAGCUUUGUGGUUAGGACUUCUUAGUCAUUGCUCUUUGCUUAAACUUGUCCAAACACUUGGAAUGAAGAAUGGAGUGGUGACAGCUUCUAUUUCAUUCAUGAAUAUGAAGUAAAUAUAUUUAAGAACACGGAA